GCUUCUCAGCGUGAAUGUAGAGCUAUUAAUACCCACAGCCCAGCCAGUCUGCCAGAGAAGCCACUGGAGCUGGGGAGAGCAGCGAGCCGGGAGAGCCGCCAGUCACAGCCGGGACCGGGACUCCAGGGGUCAGAACUUUUCUCGAGGACGGCGUGGGCACCGUGCCAACCUCACCUGGCCCUUGCCCAUCUUUCAGCUGCAGGUCCCAACCCUCUCUCCUGGAGGCCACCCAUGCCACCCACCCCAGCCAAGGAGAACAAACUUUCUUAGGGAAGCCACCUCUGUGGCCGUGCUGGCUGGACCGGGAGGAGCAGACGGUCAGACAGGCUGGACAGACAGGGGUACUGGGGCACGGGACACCUGCGAGCCUGCCCUCCCAGUCCUGCCUCUGACAGACAGCCACAGAGUGGGCAGCUGGGGGACCUAGGGUUCCACGGGGGCAGUGGGGGGGCACCGCCAGACCUCCGUCCACCCACCAACCACCUUGGAGUCCAGGUGUCUGGACACUGCUUCCCAGGGCCCAGCCCCGUGACUGGAACCCUCGCGGGUCACGACAGGAGCUCCCACCAGAGCCCCCGGCUCCUCCACCCACCGAGGCGACGGGCAACCUGAGUGCGAAGGCACAGGUGGCGGGCGGGCAAGUGCAGAGCCCCGAAGCUGACGGGCUGCUGACCCUGGAGCGCCCUGGCUCGGGGACUCCUGCCCAGGCUGGCGACGAUGCUGUGGAGGCCACCCCCGGCCACCCCUGCCCUGUCCUGGAGCUACCUCCGGCCUGGCCCAUGGGCUGCGGAGUCGAUGAUGUGCCGGCCUUCUGCUUCGUCUGCUUCCACAGGGAGGAGGAGGAGGAGCUGCUGGAAGAAGUCCCAUUGCGGAGGGAGAAGAUGAGCAUGGGCUGCCCAGAGCCUGAGCCGCCCCGCUCCCUGACCUGCUGUGGGCCAGGGGCUGCCCCUGGACCUGGUGCCGGCGUGCCCCUUCUCACUGAAGACAUGCAGGCCCUGACUCUCCGCACACUGGCUGCCAGCGACGUCACCAAGCACUACGAACUAGUCCGGGAGCUGGGCAAAGGCACCUACGGGAAGGUUGACCUGGUGGUCUACAAGGGCACAGGCACAAAAAUGGCACUGAAGUUUGUGAACAAGAGCAAAACCAAGCUGAAGAACUUCCUGCGGGAGGUGAGCAUCACCAACAGCCUCUCCUCCAGCCCCUUCAUCAUCAAGGUCUUUGACGUGGUCUUUGAGACAGAGGACUGCUACGUCUUUGCCCAGGAGUACGCACCUGCUGGGGACCUAUUUGACAUCAUCCCUCCCCAGGUGGGGCUCCCGGAGGACACGGUGAAACGAUGCGUGCAGCAGCUGGGCCUGGCCCUGGACUUCAUGCACGGGCGGCAGCUGGUGCACCGCGACAUCAAGCCCGAGAAUGUGCUGCUGUUCGACCGCGAGUGCCGCCGCGUGAAGCUGGCCGACUUCGGCAUGACGCGCCGCGUGGGCUGCCGCGUCAAGCGCGUGAGUGGCACCAUCCCUUACACGGCGCCCGAGGUGUGCCAGGCGGGCCGCGCCGACGGGCUGGCGGUUGACACGGGCGUGGACGUGUGGGCCUUCGGCGUGCUCAUCUUCUGUGUGCUCACCGGCAACUUCCCGUGGGAGGCGGCGUCGGGCGCCGAUGCCUUCUUUGAGGAGUUCGUGCGCUGGCAGCGGGGCCGCCUGCCGGGUCUGCCUUCGCAGUGGCGCCGCUUCACCGAGCCCGCGCUGCGCAUGUUCCAGCGCCUCCUGGCCCUGGAGCCCGAGCGCCGCGGCCCGGCCAAGGAGGUGUUCCGCUUCCUCAAGCAUGAGCUCACGUCAGAGCUGCGCCGCCGGCCCUCGCACCGCGCGCGCAAGCCCCCCGGGGACCGCCCGCCCACCGCCGGGCCACUGCGCCUCGAGGCGCCCGGGCCGCUCAAGCGGACGGUGCUGACCGAGAGCGGCAGCGGCUCCCGGCCCGCGCCCACCGCGGUCGGGUCGGUGCCCGUGCCCGUGCCGGUGCCCGUGCCAGUGCCGGUGCCCGAGCCCGGCCUGGCCCCCCCGGGGCCCCCCGGCCGGACCGACGGCCGCGCGGACAAGAGCAAAGGGCAGGUGGUGCUGGCCACGGCCAUCGAGAUCUGCGUCUGAGUCGCCUCCGCCGCCCUCGGACCGGGGAGCCGCCCGGGCCCGCCCCAGCCGGUGCCCGAUGCGGCGGUGGGGAAUGGAGCCACCUCGCCGCGGGACAGGGGGCGCAGCGGUAGACUAGGCAGGACGCGGCCCGGCACCCGGUCCGUCCCUGGCGGGCUGGUGAGGGGGCUACCAAAGACCCCUAGCGCGGCCUGGUGAGCGGGGACUUGGCCCAGAGGAGCCAAGCCUCACAGACCCGAGAGUUCGGAGCCCCCCCAACACACACACACAUAAACACACACACACACACACACGCCAGGAGCAAGGGAGCUUUCGGUCCACACUCCCAGAUGCCUCCCCGAGCCCUGGAACCCGGACUCGUUGCUCCUGGCCCUCCAUACCCACUGGCAGAUCAUCCUGCGGUCCCACCCCAGAUCCCCUCCUCCUGGCCAUCCCACUCUGCCCCCUCCACACCCUGGGUACAGAAAGGGACUGAAGUGUUGGGCAGAGGGGACUUAAGGCUCCUGGGUACUGGCUGGGAUCAGGGCAGUGAGCGGAGGGCAGCUGUGUCCUGCCCUCCCUUCUCCUAGAGGCUGGAGGGGAGAGGCCAAGCCCCUGGAAAAUGUAGCAAAUGUCUGGGUGUCGCAUAAGUGCGUAUAUGUGCGGGACAGGCCCCGAGAAACCAGUGACUCCUGCGCACUCCCACUGCACGAAUGAAAUCACAGCCCAGGAGGGAGGGCAGCUUGGCACUGGCCCGAGAAGUGGAGCUCUCUCCCCGCCCCUCCCCCCAACCACAAGGGGUUGUCCUGACAACUUCUGGGGAUAGAAGGGCUCACAGGGCGGGAGUCUCAGCUGCCCCCGCAUCCUUAGGGCAGGGGAGUGAGUGUGGAGCUGAGGGCAGGGCCCAGCUCCCCCUGCCGGCCGCACCGUCCUAGGCUCAGGGACCUCUGCCAGGUCCUCCCAGCCCUUGCUGCACCAGCCUAGACCUAGUAGCCUGGGCUUCCAGCAGGUGGCGAGCUGGUUCGUGCUGGAAAUUUCUCCUAGGUUUCUUGGGGUCAAACAUGCCAACCUCCAAGACCCCAUCCUCACAUCUCCCACAUUUCUGACACUAGAGUGUGCAGGGCGUAGGACCUGCAUGUGUGGGUGUGAGAACGGGGGCGGUGGAAGCGAGGGGGCGAGUGUGUGACUAGGUGUGUGUACACACGCAUAGGGUGCAGACACGUGGGUGUCCUCCUAUGUGUUCAGUGACUGUGCGUCCAGACACCUCAGCCGCGCCCCCACCACCCUGGUGCUCCCAGGCAGCUGUCCCAGGGCGCCCAGGCCUGCCUUGCACCACACCCCUCAGGGAAUCCGGCAAGGAGUCCCCUGCAGGUUGAUUCAGGCCCCCAGGCAGCAAGACAGAGACAACAGACCCCUGCCUCCCCCAGUGCUCCCUCCUGACUCCCUGCCCCUCUCUGGGGAGGCCUGGGACCCCCGCAAUAAGCUCCACAUGGGUGAGGCUGUCCCUGUGCCUGGCCCUCUGCCCCAGGUCACCCCUGCCAGGGUCCCUCCUGGGGUUCUGGGCCAUUUGAGGGGCUCUUUGAUGGGCCAGGCUGGCCAGAGUGAACUCUGAGCACUUUCUGGCUGAUGCCCCCACUCCCCACUCAUUCCCACCUUGAAAAAGGGCUAUAGGUCCCCUGCCCUGCCCGGGUCCAGUUUACAAACAGUGUGGGGUGGCCCCAGGGCCUGGCCCCGCUCUCCCCGCUGUGCCCACUCCUCUCCAGACCCCACCUCCCCAGUGGGUAUGGGCCCUCUACAUGCCAGGUAAGUAGCAAACCCCCACUCCCUCCAAGGGCCAGGUCUCAGAGAAGGCCCCCAUCACUGCCCCCGGCCCACCUGGAGCCCAUUGGGGCUGCCUCUCCCAGCCGCGACUUCUCCUUUUGCCUUAGGCCUCGCGACAUCCUGAUCUCUCCUGCAAUAACAAGGAAUCGAGAUUCCACAGUAGACGUCCCUUGCCGUGCUCUCUCUCUCUCUUUCUCUCUCUCUCUCUCUCUGUUAAGAUCCUGUUCGGGAGUUUCCCUCAGCCGUUGUAGUAUCUAGUAUGUUAGAGUUGGGAGGGGACCGUAGUUAUGUAGCCCAGCCCCCUCAUUCCCAGAGGCACCCAGAGGGCCAGCCACCAGCCUGACCUCAAAGCAGAACCGGAACACCAGGUUGGGGCCCUGGUGCUGCCACCUCCUCUGCUGGUUGGGCUGGGACCCUUUGCCCCUUAGGAGAGGUGUUGGUCACAGAUGUUUACCUCAGUUUAUGUCACUGUCGAAGAAACAAAAAAUAAUAGCAAAAAAUAACACUGUAGACAUGAAGACUUAGAAAACAAAAAAAAAAAAAAAAACUCACACACAAAAAAAUCUCCCCUGUUGCUAUUCUUCUGUGAAGGUACAGUAUGUAUGUGUGUGUGUGCGUGUGUGUGUGUGUGUGUGUGUGUGUCUCUGUCCCACGCCAGGCAGGCCAGGGCAUCCUGGCCUCUGUCCCAGACCCCGUGUCCCCCACACUGGCCCCCGUCCUUCGGUGCUUCCCAGAGACCCCUCUGAGCUGGCCUGUGGGGUGCGGGGAGCCCCCUGGGUGGGAGGCAGGGCCACAGGUCGACCAGAGGGUCUCUACCAGGCCCACUGAACAGAGCCCCAUGGCUGCCCAAAUGUUCCCUGAGCCCACGCUGUGGCUGGUGGGACAGUCCUGGUGGCUGGCAUCAGCAUCCGUGCUUGGCUCAGGGCCUGGGGCAGGAUCCUGGAUGGAGUCCUAGCCCCAGAGCCCCAGCCCCUCAUGUCUUGCCGCCCUUCCCCCAUGUGUUUGUAAAUACUCUGGCAUCCUUUGGCCCUGAGAAGGUUUUUAAAUGUGUUAUUUACUUCUCUAAACAUGACGAUUGCUAUAAAAAUAAACAAAAGUUUAGAAAAAUGA